AUGAGCGACGAAGACGAGCCAAUGGAGAGCGUCGUCAACGCCGUGAAAGCUGACGCCUCGGGCACGGCUCCAGCCGCCGCUAAGCAAUCGGACGACGACGUGGACAUGGAAGGACAGCCAAGCGAGGACAGCAAUCAAGAGAUUACCGAGGCGACGAAAAGCUUCGCCAGCAUGCUGACUGACCUCGAGAAAAAGGGUGCGGGCAUGGACUAA